AGUUAUUGAUUUUUUCGAUACCUUCCUGUCGACACCUAGGUAGGUAUUAAUAAGAAGAGAGUAACACCGUGACAUACCUCUAAGUAUUAUCAGCACAUUCUUCAACUCUUCCCUCGACCGAUAUUAUAUCGGUGCUCUAUAGUGUAGUCUACGAAGAAACUAUUGGGUUCCAAAUUUUGAGCGGAAAUGUAACUGCCGAUUCGAGGGUCUGCGGCCUGGACCGCGUAUCUGAGUUUACGUAGUAAGGGACUCAGGGUCCCAGUCAGAUGGUGAAGCUAGACGCCUCCUUUUGCCCCCCGGAUACCCUGAUCAGGAGCUAGAGCGGAGGCGGGAUAAGACACUGGUACCUGUAUUCUGCGCAGGGACCAGUCAAUACAUUGUCUCGGUCUUUUUUUCUUUUCUUUUCUUUUUGUGAUAUCAAAAGAAUAUGGACACCAUCGAUAGUCCAGUGAUCGACGAGAACUUACACCAACAUAGGCACAAUUGGACACUGAUGCGCAUUUAGCGGGUUAAAUGAAGGUCGGCUCUUGUGCCCUUGGCAUUCUUCAUGCCUCAAUGUAUCGUUUCGCAGGCCUACUGGGCCCUCAAUCAAAUACCUUCGAGAGCCAUGGGUUGUCAAACGAGUUUUGAUUCCUGGGGUUCCCGGGAUUUUCAUUUGAAGUUGGUCAAAGUGAGAGUCACCUCACGCUCUUACAGGUUUCAGUAUCAUGGCAGAACCAACUCUACCUGCCCUGUAUUCGCUCCCGCAGAGCCCGCCUAACUUCGACAAGGUGGGUACUUUCUAUAUUGCCUUCUGCGCAACAUGGACGUUUCUCCUGCUCUCUGGGAUGGUGUUCCUGGUGAUCAACCGCAGGAACCCCAUUCUCAAAAUCCGCGGAAUAGGCUUGUCGCUCACUGCCAUCCUCUUCCUCCACGCGUACUGGAUCCUCGCCCAGAUCACCUAUCCCAUCGGACUGACCCUCCCAGUCCUCGCCGCAUACGAUGUCCAGUACUUCUUCAUGGGCAUCUGGUUCCCGCUGGGCGUCGCCGUGUUCCACGCCUCGAACACGCGCUUCCUAUACGUCGCCAAAAUGCAGAAGCAGUAUACCAAAUCCAAUGGCCUUCGGAAGAAGAAGUCGGGGUGCAAUGGAGCUGAUAGCUCUUGGCUAUGCAGGCUGAGGAAUAUGGAUUACACGAAGAGAAUCUUGGUUUAUAUAGGACUGGGCAUAAUUCUUCAGGUUCUUCUGACUGUCGGCAUGUGGCUUGCUUGUAGCAAGUACCACCCCUCGUUUGGUCUUCCAGGCACAGGGCUCACUUCGAGCACGAUUGCCGAGCAAAUGAUAGAGCUGAGUCGCGGAUGGGAAUGGUGGCCCUCGGCGCUGUGGCAGGUGAUAUGGACUUGGAUAAUAGCGCCCAUCAUGAUCUAUAAAGCAUGGGGUAUUCGUGACACGCUUGGAUGGCGUGUUCAAACAAUUGGGUGUUGUCUAUCGAAUCUUCAUGCGACACCAAUGUGGUUGAUUUCCAUGUACGUGCCGGCAUUUACGCCGGUCAAUGUAUACUUCUCACCAAGUGAAUGGAUCCACCUCUCCGUUAUGAUGUUCGAAGUCUUCACAGUGUUUGUCCCUUGCUGGCUGGUCGUGAGACAUCACAUCAUGCGUAAACGAGCGGCCGAUUCCAACGCUAAAUGGGAGUCUGCCUCACAGUCAACGCUGAGAGCUUCGGGCUCUUUGGAAUGGAAAUCUGCCUCCGCAGUCGAAAAGGGGCUGACGAUUGAUGUCCUGCACAAGGAACUCGGCGAUCGCCUUUUCACUAUGAGUGCGCUCGACCACGUCUUGAACGAGAACCCAAGACCGCUCCAGGACUUCUCCGCCUUGAGAGAUUUCUCGGGCGAGAACAUUGCCUUCCUCACGAAUGUCACUGCCUGGAAGUCGGCGUGGCCGCUAGGUGCUACGGAGGACCAGAUCCGCGACGCCUUCACGCGGGCGUUGGUGAUCUACACCGACUUCAUCAGUCCUCGCGAUGCCGAGUUCCCCAUUAACGUGGCAUCGAAAGACCUCAAGUACCUGGAGGAUAUUUUCGAACGACCGGCACGAAUAGUAUGCGGCGAGGCGCGUGUAGAUUCUGCCACGCCAUUUGCGGUCGACAAGCAACCCCGCAAUGGUGGUGUGGAUAGUGAUGGUACCUCCUCGGACGACAGCUGGAUUGAGCUUGGCGAGAUGGCGGGAAGGAUACAGUAUGCGGGAGAGAUAUCAAGCGCGUUCGAUGUCUCCGUGUUCGACCGCGCGCAGGCGCACAUCAAGUAUCUUGUCCUGACAAACACAUGGCCCAAGUUCGUUACCGAGAUCCAGCAACAGCGGCGCUCGGAAGAGUCCGAGCGGAGUGGCAAUACCGGGCGGUCGGGCUCCACAAUCGGGGGCCGAGUUACAAAAGCGAUACAGUCUUUGUUUUGAUGGGUUAUAAGAUGUGAUUGUUGUGGUGGUGGGCUGGUUUCCUUUUGUUUACGUAUACCCAGAAGCAUCAGCGUGUGAGGUGGAAAGAAGAAGCAUCAUGGUUGGUUGGGUAAAAGAUUGUACGAUGGAAAAUGCGCAAGCAUCAUGGAUUAUUUGCUAAAUCUUUGGGGAGUAAUUGGCGUUUAGUCAGCGAAUGAUACUUGAAGUCGGUCUUUACAUGUCGACUGUUCAAUAGUGACAGUCGGUGGCAGGUGGCGACAGCAUGCCGUGGAUGUACCGACAUCAGACCAAAUCAAAUUGCUUGAUUCUCAUUAAGUCUUAGCUAGCAUGAACUAGAUCUUGAUCGUA